CCUCCCGCCUUUCCCAACCCACCCAGAGAGCCGAGCCCGCCUUUGCCUCGUUCUUUUUACGGCUAUUUGAACCGCCGCGCUUCCGCCAUCUUCUUCCUCAGCCGCCCGCCCAGUUUAAACACACACACACACACACGGAAAGGAAGAAAGAAACCAGAGGAGGAGGCGGCGGGAGAGAAAGAGCGGAGAGACGCAUCGAGAAGUAGACGCAGCAGCAUGGCCGCCCCGCAGGGAGAACCGCAAGUGCAGUUUAAGCUUGUUUUGGUUGGUGACGGUGGUACUGGUAAAACAACAUUUGUAAAACGUCACUUGACUGGUGAAUUUGAGAAGAAGUAUGUAGCUACUCUGGGUGUUGAAGUUCAUCCUCUGGUGUUCCACACUAACAGAGGUCCUAUUAAAUUUAAUGUAUGGGACACAGCUGGACAGGAGAAAUUUGGAGGUCUGCGAGAUGGCUACUACAUCCAAGCUCAAUGUGCCAUCAUAAUGUUUGAUGUAACAUCAAGAGUUACAUACAAGAACGUACCCAACUGGCAUAGAGAUCUGGUACGGGUGUGUGAGAAUAUCCCCAUAGUUUUGUGUGGCAACAAAGUGGAUAUCAAGGACAGGAAAGUCAAAGCAAAGUCGAUUGUCUUUCACAGGAAGAAGAACCUGCAGUACUACGAUAUCUCAGCCAAGAGUAACUAUAAUUUUGAGAAACCCUUUCUUUGGCUGGCAAGAAAGCUAAUUGGAGAUCCCAACUUGGAAUUCGUUGCCAUGCCUGCUCUUGCACCACCAGAGGUCGUUAUGGAUCCAGCAUUGGCAGCACAGUAUGAGCAAGAUUUACAGAUUGCUCAGACCACUGCACUGCCAGAUGAAGAUGAUGAUCUGUGAGGGAGUGAAGCUGGAGCCCAGCGUCAGAAGUCUAGUUUUAUAGGCAACUGUCCUGUGAUGUCAGUGGUGCAGCGUGUUUGCCACUUUAUUAUUCUAGCUGAGCAGAACAUGUGCUUUAAUCUUUGAAAUGCUGAAAGAGAGAAUGGGCUUUGGAGUGAAUGUGGCAGUUAAAAAAAAUUCCUUCAUUUUGGACCUGCAUAUUUAGCUGUUUUGGACUGCAAUUUACUCCCCAUUUUGAGUUUCGAAUCUGACUGCUGCAGUCGCAUCACAGUAUUCAGUGGUAAAUCUUGUUUGUUACUGUCAUUCCCAUUCCUUUUUCUUUAGACCAUAAUAAAGUUGUAUUUCAAAUAUCCAA